CGAAGAGAGGAGGAGAAAGAGGAGGAGGAGGAGAAAGGCGAAGAAAAAGACGGAGCCCGAGAGACGGAGAAAGAGCGAGAGAGGAAGAAAGAGAGGCAGAAAGGGCGUGUUUCUGGCGCUGCGUUUCCCCUCCCCUUUCUCAGGUCCCUCGCUCGGGCUCUGCGCGCUCUCCGGCUCCAGCUCUCUCCGGGCGAAGCUGGGAAUUGGGUGGGAUUAUACGAAGCAGCCCCGCUGCCGCCGCUAGCAGAACCCGGCUUGGAGAGGGCGGGGGUUCCCCUCCGUCAGCGGCGCCGGGCGCCCCCAGCCUCGUCGCUCUCUUCGCCUCGCUCUCCCCGGCGUCGGGCCGGGAGAAGCCGGCAGCAUCGGGAGUCUCCCGCCGAGGGCGCCGCGGUCCGUGCCCCGCGCCCGCAGCCUCCGGCCCGGCCCCAGUGGGGCGCCCCCUCCCCUCCCCCCUCCGGCGCGCGGGGGCCCGGCCCGCUUCCGCCCUCCCCGGACUGCGAGACCGGCCCCGGCCACCGGUAGCACCAGCCAUGGGCUCGGGGCUCGUGCCCGGACUCUGCCUGCUCGUCCUGCUGGUCCACGCCCGCGCCGCCCAGCACAGCAAAGCCGCGCAAGAUGUGGACGAGUGUGUGGAGGGGACCGACAACUGCCACAUUGAUGCUAUCUGCCAGAACACCCCGCGGUCGUACAAGUGCAUCUGCAAGUCUGGCUACACAGGGGAUGGUAAACACUGCAAAGAUGUGGAUGAGUGUGAACGAGAGGAUAAUGCAGGUUGUGUGCAUGACUGUGUCAACAUCCCUGGCAAUUACCGAUGCACCUGCUAUGAUGGAUUCCACCUGGCACAUGACGGCCACAACUGUUUGGAUGUGGAUGAGUGUGCCGAGGGCAACGGCGGCUGUCAGCAGAGCUGUGUCAACAUGAUGGGCAGCUAUGAGUGCCACUGCCGGGAAGGCUUCUUCCUCAGCGACAACCAGCACACCUGCAUCCAGCGGCCGGAAGAAGGAAUGAAUUGCAUGAACAAGAACCAUGGCUGUGCUCACAUUUGCCGAGAGACACCCAAAGGUGGUAUUGCCUGUGAAUGCCGCCCUGGCUUUGAGCUCACCAAGAACCAACGGGACUGUAAAUUGACGUGCAACUAUGGUAACGGUGGCUGCCAGCAUACGUGCGAUGACACAGAACAGGGUCCCCGGUGCGGCUGUCACGUCAAGUUUGUGCUCCAUACCGACGGGAAGACAUGCAUCGGGGAAAGGCGGCUAGAGCAGCACAUCCCCCCUCAGGCCGUUUCUAAUGAGACCUGUGCUGUCAAUAAUGGGGGCUGUGACAGUAAGUGCCACGAUGCAGCGACGGGUGUCCACUGCAGCUGCCCCGUGGGCUUCAUGCUGCAGCCAGACAGGAAGACCUGCAAAGACAUAGACGAGUGCCGCUUGAACAAUGGAGGCUGUGACCACAUUUGCCGCAACACAGUGGGCAGCUUUGAAUGCAGCUGCAAGAAGGGCUAUAAGCUUCUCAUUAAUGAAAGGAACUGCCAGGAUAUAGACGAAUGUUCCUUUGAUCGAACCUGUGACCACAUAUGUGUCAACACGCCAGGAAGCUUCCAGUGCCUCUGCCAUCAUGGCUACUUGCUGUAUGGUGUCACCCACUGUGGGGAUGUGGAUGAGUGCAGCAUCAACCAAGGAGGUUGCCGCUUCAACUGCAUCAACACUCCUGGCAGCUACCAGUGCACCUGCCCAGCAGGCCAGGGCCGGCUGCACUGGAACGGCAAGGAUUGCACAGAGCCAGUAAAGUGUCAGAGCAGUCCUGGUGCCUCAAAAGCCAUGCUCAGCUGCAACAGAUCUGGCAAGAAGGACACCUGUGCCCUGACCUGCCCCUCCCGGGCCCGGUUUUUGCCAGAGUCUGAGAAUGGCUUCACAGUGAGCUGUGGCACACCCAGCCCCAGGGCCACUCCAGGCCGAGCUGGCCACACCGGGAACAGCACAAAUUCCAACCACUGCCAUGAGGCUGCAGUGCUGUCAGUUAAACAGCGGGCCUCCUUCAAGAUCAAGGACGCCAAAUGCCGUUUGCACCUGCGAAACAAAGGCAAAACAGAGGAGGCCAGCAGAAUCCUGGGGCCAGGUGGUGCCCCCUGCUCUGACUGCCAGGUCACCUUCAUCCACCUCAAGUGUGACUCCUCUCGGAAGGGCAAGGGCCGGCGGGCCCGGACCCCUCCCAGCAAGGAAGUCACUCGGCUCACCCUGGAACUGGAGGCAGAGGUCAGAGCCGAAGAAACUACAGCUAGCUGUGGGCUGCCCUGCCUCCGACAGCGGAUGGAACGGCGGCUGAAAGGGUCCCUGAAGAUGCUUAGAAAGUCCAUCAAUCAGGACCGCUUCCUGCUGCGCCUAGCAGGCCUUGAUUAUGAGCUGGCCCACAAGCCAGGCCCGGUAGCUGGGGAGCGAGCUGAGCUAGUGGAAGCCUGUAGGCCUGGGCAGCACCGCGCCGGGGCCAAGUGUGUCAGCUGCCCGCAGGGAACGUAUUACCACGGCCAGACGGAGCAGUGUGUGCCAUGCCCAGCGGGCACCUUCCAGGAGAGAGAAGGGCAGCUCUCCUGCGACCUUUGCCCUGGGAGUGAUGCCCACGGGCCUCUCGGAGCCACCAACGUCACCACGUGUGCAGGUCAGUGCUCACCUGGCCAACACUCUGUAGAUGGGUUCAAGCCCUGCCAGCCAUGUCCACGUGGCACCUACCAACCUGAAGCAGGACGGACCCUGUGCUUCCCAUGUGGUGGGGGUCUCACCACCAAGCACGAGGGGGCCAUCUCAUUCCAAGACUGUGACACCAAAGUCCAGUGCUCCCCUGGGCACUACUACAACACCAGCAUCCAUCGCUGUAUCCGCUGUGCCAUGGGCUCCUAUCAGCCUGACUUUCGUCAGAACUUCUGCACCCGCUGUCCAGGAAACACAAGCACUGACUUUGAUGGCUCCACCAGUGUCACCCAGUGCAAGAAUCGCCAGUGUGGUGGGGAGCUGGGUGAGUUCACUGGCUAUAUCGAGUCCCCCAACUACCCAGGCAACUACCCAGCCGGCGUGGAGUGCAUCUGGAACAUCAACCCCCCACCCAAGCGCAAGAUCCUUAUCGUGGUACCCGAGAUCUUCCUGCCAUCUGAGGACGAGUGUGGGGAUGUCCUCGUCAUGAGAAAAAACUCCUCCCCAUCCUCCAUUACCACUUAUGAGACCUGCCAGACCUACGAGCGCCCCAUUGCCUUCACGGCCCGCUCCAGGAAGCUCUGGAUCAACUUCAAGACAAGUGAGGCCAACAGUGCCCGUGGCUUCCAGAUUCCCUAUGUUACCUAUGAUGGUGAGCACGGGCAGGAGAGCCAGGGAGAGGACUAUGAGCAGCUGGUAGAAGACAUUGUGCGAGAUGGCCGGCUUUAUGCAUCUGAAAACCACCAGGAGAUUUUAAAGGACAAGAAGCUCAUCAAGGCCUUCUUCGAGGUGCUGGCCCACCCCCAGAACUACUUCAAGUACACAGAGAAGCACAAGGAGAUGCUGCCAAAAUCCUUCAUCAAGCUGCUCCGCUCCAAAGUUUCCAGCUUCCUUAGGCCCUACAAAUAGUGCCAUAGGCCCAAGACCCAGGUUUUGAAGCCCACAGACUCUUUAGCCCUCAGAGCUGGCAGCCCCCACCCUCAGAUGAGAAACUCUCCUCUCUCUUUUUGGAGAAAAAAAAAAUAUCACUAUAUAGACCAAACACUUUCCCUUUCUGUCUCUCUAGCUUUGUUUCCUUGUCUCUCUUUGCCUCUCUCUCUCUCUCUUUCGCUUCACUGUUUUCUCUUUUCCUACGUGCUCCCUGGAAAAGCCAUUCAGUGCUGGCACUAUUCCCCGAGGGGGGAAGGAAGAGUAGCCCCCUCCCCUUCCCAGCCACACUGUCCAUUUUACAAGUUCACAUCCCUGGCCCCAUCAGCGUACAAGGGUGCUAGAGGCCCCACAAACGAAGUGUGUCUAGUGGGGAAUGGGGAGGGGGAAGAGGGGUUUCUGCCAUUUUAGGGUGUGCCUUGCUAGUCAGGAGCCAAAAUGUCCCCUGGCUGUGCCCCCCAGGGUGAUUCUAACAGCCCAGAGUUCUGCCAAAGAAGCCUUUGAUUUACAGGCUUAAUGCCAGCACUGGUCCUCUGGGGCAUAUGGUUUGAGCCCUAGACCGCCCACAUAGCCGGCUUUCUUGUCUAUACAGCCCCUCUCCUUCUUCCCCCACAUGUCUGCCUGAGGUCCAACCCAUGAGGGCUUACAAAAGGCCCACACCACCGGGCUAGUGGACACUGGCCGAAUGAGAAAGAGCAGCAGACAUUACCAUGUUGAAUGUGCUGCUGUUGCUCCCUGAGAAAAAGACUAUGGCUCUGCAGGUCAGAAACCAGGUUUUAAAGCAUCGCGAAAAAAAGAAAACAACAAAAAAGAAAAUGUAUCAUCUAAAGGACUAGACUACAGAACAAUCGGGAGCCAGCCUGAAACACUAAUCCCUUUUCUUUUUUGUCUUCCCUGGCCCAGCCAUCCCCUCACACCCACCCGAGUGCUCCCUGGGGGAGCCCUACUCCUUUUGUUAUGUGUUAUCCCAAAAGAAACAUGGCUGCUGACUGGAAGCCAGCCUGGGCCUUGCCCCAGAGUUGUCUUUCCCUUGUAGCCCCAGAUGGCUCGUGGGCUCCACCAAAGAGGACCCUGCUCUGCAGCCAGCCCAGAGCCACCUACCUCUGGCCCCAGGCUAUGGGCAGCAAGAGGAAUGUGUGUGCACUUGGCAAGCCUUCUGCCCACCCUGUCCACAUCUAAUAAGUGCAAUCAUUUUGAGUCUUUCUAUGUUGUCUAAAGGGAGGGGUUUUUGUUUUCUGGUUUUGUUUUUUGUUUUUGUUUCUUUUUCCUCUAUUAGAACAACCCUAUUUAUAGCUGCCCAAGAGAGAAGAGUGUAUGUUUGGAGUGGAAGAAAAAAAUAUUUUGAAUCUCAUGAACCUUGAGUGCUGGAGCAUCUGAUCUGUCCCUACUCCCCCACCAGUGGCCAUCUAGACCUCUAGAGCCCUCUGCUGGGGUAACCCAGGGCUGUAGCUCAGAGGCACCUGAUGUGUAGGACAGUAAUUCUGGGGACUUGAUGGAGCAGGAAGGAGAGGGACCUGUGUUUGCUAAACCAAUCCUGCCAACCCUGUGCCCCUCCAUGGAUUCAGCAUGGACCUUGUGAUUGUAGAGGCCUAUGGAACUGGUCAGUGAUUCUCCACCCCAAGUAGGGAAAACCUCCAUCUUUUCCCUGCCUUCAUGCUGUUUUCCCCUGGGAUCCACAUGGAAGAGGACCAGGACAAACCCCGUGGGGAUGGGCUGACUCAGGGCCCUGAGGCCAGAGGCAAGGCUAUAAGAGCCAAGAAUAGGACAGGUAUCCAGGCAUGAAGUUGUUUGCCUGACCUUGUGCACUCUGCCUACUCCUAUCUGUUCACCAUUCCCUCUCGGAGCUGACUUCAAGCCUAGCUUCCUCAAUUACUGCUUUUCAAAAGGAAGAAGAAUCAAGUCCAUGCCCAAGCCCAGAUCCUGCAUACACUCCACCCUCAAUCCACUGCUGCCUGUAAAAUUAUUUUCCAUUUGCUCCUAAUUCCCCCCAAAACUGUAGUCCUAUUCAAUCAGAGGCUACCAAUUGACUCCUAGGGUUCACUUCUAAGUGACAGUCCCAGGCCACUGCUCCCCCAGGAGACUCAACACUAAAAGGUGUCUGGCCUUCCUGCCCGGCCCCCUAACCCCCGCCCCCAACAGUAGCAUUCACCAGCCAAAACAGCCUUAGGCAGUAGGUAGCCAAUGUCACAGCUAGAUACCCUGACAUCCAUUAGCCAACACCAUGGCCUUUGGGGGUGGAGUGCCUGGCUGCCUUUGUGUCUCUGGGUCAAAGAGGGCUCCAAGGUAAAGAUACAAAAUGGCUGCUUCCAAGCAAGGAAAUGAUCUUUUAAUCGAAGUAUCCACACUUCCCAGGAAAUGCCAUGAAAACUGCUUUAAUCAACUUUGACCAUCCUAAUUUUCCACGAGAAGCUAGGAUAACUUUCUGAUUCCUCUCUCCCUACCAUUUUGCAUAUCUCUUAGAAAGCCAAACAGUGUUUCCCAAUUUAUGCCUUCAGGGUCUGGCUUCUCCUUGCUCUCUUCUUUUCUUGUCCCCCCAUAUAUACACAUAAACACACUUCCUCCAAUAAUUUAUUCUAUGGUUUCUGGGACCUGCAAAUGACUUCCACAGUAUGGAAAGUAUAGACCACUAGGCUUCUUAACUGAUGUCAAGACAGAUCUUAGUGAGCAGGUGAAGACCUGCUAAUGUCCAACUUUAAUUUAGAUCUUCCAAGUUGGGGGUUAAGAACCCAGGCAAAGCUGCUGCUGAACCUAUGGGGGAAGCCGGCCCUGGGGCAUCAAACUAGGGGUUAAGUGGACUGAAUGAGGAGUCAACACUCAGGGACUCUCUAAGCCUUUACAGGCCAGACAGAAAAAGAGGUUUUUACCAGUGUGGGAAAGUGGAAAGAUGGUGUAAACGGGAACCUUUCAUGAACCAACCCAGAGGCCUCUCUGCAGGAUGGGGUAUUUACAGGGCCACAGUACUGUGAGGCCUCAUUUAUCUUAGUACAAAACCUGUCCUGAUCUGAGUUUGGGGAUGGGAAGCCAUUUCUACAAGGGCUCCAAGCGCCAAAUGAUGCAUAUCAGAAAGGCACUUAUAUCCUCAGCAACAUGGCAGUUCCUUUUUACUUCUUUGCCUUCCUCUUUCUGUAUUAUUAGGCCAGGCCCAUUCCCUAAACCUGAGGGAACUCGCAGAGUCAGGAGAAAACUGACCAGAGCCUGGACUUGAGCUGCCGUGCCCCAAGCCUACAAAUCCCCAGAGGUUGACAGUGAGCUGUGACUGCUCUGACUUCCCCAGGAUUGAGUUAGUUUGAGGUGGUGGGGGCUCAGAUUUGUUGCUGAAAGUUCAGUAAUACAAUCCUGGUCAUUGGCCCUAGUGAAACUUUUUAUAUCUGAGAAGUGUUCUCCAUAUGUAUGUUUGAGGUGACUCUGGAGUGGAUUAGGAGGUCAUAUCUCAAAAUGUCAGAAAACGUUAUAGAGUAUUCAAACUUUUGUAUUUGCUGCUUAACUUGAACAUAACAGGCUCAAACUAAGGGAAGGGAAACAAAGUAUAACUGACCAUAAGCAGAAAAUAAAUAACCUGCUUGGCUUGCUUUCUUAAGCAAAGUAAGAGAAAAGUGAAAGCAAACAACACAAGGAUAUCUUUAAAUUUACCUGUCUCAAAGGUAGCACACCCUGCCCUUGAGCCAUUAUUUGGACUAGGAACCCUUAAAGAAAAUAUACGAUUAGAGGGACUAGAACCCCCAGUUCUGUUAUCAGCUUAUCUAGACAACACAGAUUGUAGCAGUUUGGACAAACUGAAAACUUUAUUCUUCUGUGUGAGUUGAACUGAAGUUUCAAAGAAUAAUCAUUACCAUGUGGGAGGCUUUCUUUUUUUUUUAAUGCAGAAGAAAUCUCAAAAUAUUGUAUUUAUAUCUGCCUUCCACUGCUGCCAAUAUAGUAAGCAUCUCCUACACAAUCAACAAUAAACAGUAAAUGAUGCAGUUCAUAGAGUAUUUUGCACUUGGGGAAAAAAAUGUAUCUGAACUUGUAAAAAGAAAUGUUUGGAUUUUGUAUUUGUUUUUAUUAUUAUUAUUAUUAAAAUACUGAAUGAAA